AUGGGGGUUAACAAUCAUGGUCAAACAAUUGUUUUUGCUUGUGGAUUUUUGAAUCAUGAGAGCGUUGAUGAUUUUGUAUGGUUAUUUAAUAAAUUUUUUGAAAGUAUGCCUCGUGGUGCCCCGAAGAUGAUUAUUACCGAGCAAGACCCAGCUAUGACAAAGGCAUUAACUCAUGUUUUUCCAAAUACUUUUCACAGGUAUUGUAGUUGGCAUAUAUUAAUGAAGUUUUCUGAGAAAAUUGAUGCAGUGAAUUAUAGUAUUUAUAAAAGAGACAUGUCAAGUAGCCAACGAGCAGAAAGUGGACAUGCACUCUUCAAGAAAUUUGUUUCGAAGAAUAAUUCAUUGGUGGAUUUUAUGAUACAGUUUGGUCAGGGACUAGUGCACCAACGUCACGAGGAGUUGAUGGCCGAUCACAAAAGCGUGAUUGAGAAACCUAAACUUAGAAUAAAUCAUGACUUUUUGGAGCAAAUAGUUGAUAUUUACACUAAUGAAAUGUAUUACAAGUUUGAGGCUGAAGUGUGUGACAGCUUUAACUACAAGCUACAUUGUAAAAAGUUUGAAAGCACCGAAAUCAUAUGUACUCACAUUAUCUCAUAUUUGAUGAAAUUUGAUGCUGAAAGAUUGCCCGAUAAAUACAUCUUAUUGAGAUGGACUAAGUCUGCAAAUUCGGGGACAGUUCAUGAUGAUAAAGGCAUACAGAUAACCCCUGAUAAUUCUUAUCUUUUAACGCGGGGUCAAUUUAUCCAAUUAUCUUUGGAUUUAGUUGACAAGUCCCUCGUAUGUGAAAAAACAAGGGAGAUGUUUACCGAUGGAUUGUGUAGCAUUAAUGAGCAAAUUGACCAAUUUCUUAGUAGCUACAUGGAUGUAAUGGGCUUCACUGAGAAAAGUAAUCCAAUAUGUAGUAAGAUAAUAGGUAAUGGUACUAGUGCGCAUGGUUCUUAUAGUUCUGAAAAUAGUUUCAAUGAACCCGAUCAAGUGCGCGCAAAAGGGUGCGGUAAAAGGUUGAAAGGAGGAAAAGAGACAACAAUGACUAGAGCCAAAAAUAAAAAAGAUUGA